AUGGAUGAAAAUGUGGAGUAUAACGCGGAUGAAAAGGUCGAAGGAGAGGAGUUGGAACGGACCGCAAGCAUGCGACCUGAGAUUGUUCAAUCUUCUUCACGAACGCCUUUGCUACACAGAUAUGAUUCUCGAGCACUUAAACGCAAAAUAAUAUUAAUCUUCAUAGGGUUUGUUCUUGUAAACAUCGCAACAUGGGCUGGAACUGUGAUUUCAUUUCGUAAUUAUCCCAAGCUCAUAGGCACAGCAAGCCUAGCAUAUAUGCUCGGUCUUCGUCAUGCUGUCGACGCAGACCAUUUAGCCGCUAUCGAUAACGUCACGCGUAAACUUCUCCAGACUGGCCAGCGUUCUGUCUGCGUAGGCUUCUUCUUUUCGCUCGGACACUCAACUAUAGUAAUUGCCGCGUCUCUUGCUAUUGCCGUAACAGCAAUGACGAUAAAAGACAAGUUCGGUGACCUCGAAACCAUAGGCAGCAUAAUUGGAGCGUCUAUCUCGGCGACUUUUCUACUCGCAAUUGGAAUUAUGAAUACAUUCGUCCUCGUAUCUGUUUACCGCUCUCUCCAACGAUUGAAACGUACAGGUACUUUUGAAGAAGAGGAUAUAAAUGACAUUUUGAAUAAUUCUGGUUGUCUUGGAAGAUUCUUUGCCCCGGUGUUCAGAUUCAUUGAUAAAAGUUGGAAAAUGUAUCCAUUGGGCGUUUUAUUUGGUUUUGGAUUUGAUACGUCUACCGAAGUUGGACUUCUUGGUAUUGCUGCCAUCCAAGCAAAUCAAGGUCUAGCUAUAUGGUUGAUUAUGUACUUCCCUUUGCUCUUCACUGUCGGAAUGGCUACCAUCGAUACCCUCGAUGGUAUUCUCAUGUUAGGAACUUAUUCUUGGGCUUAUAUUAAUCCUGUUCGUAAGCUGUAUUAUAACCUUACCAUUACUUUCCUGUCAAUUCUAAUUGCAUUCAUAAUUGGCGGAAUCGAACUUUUGAAUAUUAUUGCUAAUCAACUGGAGGCUCAAGGUCCUUUCUGGGCAUUCCUGGCUGCUUUAGGGGAUCAUUUUGGAACAAUGGGCUUUAUCAUCAUUGGACUAUUUGUAAUCACAUGGAUCAUUUCGGUUAUAUUUUACCGAUUUAGUAGCUAUAGAGAAUUAGAGGAGAGAUUAGUGCACCAAUCCGAAGAAACCGCUCACGCAAGUAAUGCUUCCGAUGACGGCGCAAAGAGCACUCGAAACAGUCACAAAGACUCUGUCGUUGUUGGGGUUGACGAGGUAAAUCAGGAAGAAAUCCUGUCAAGCAACAGUAAUGCGUAA